AUGACCUCAAGCAAGAAACAACCUCAAAACUCGGGAGAUAGGACCUGGAGUGUUGUUAAUUUCGACAGAAAUGGGGCUUCUCAGCGUAGCGACGGCGUUUCGAUCCAGACGGUUUUAGAGGAAGGUCUUUGUGACGACGUUCUUUCAACAGCCAGUUCGGAUGAAUCUGACUCUUUGAUUGCUCCCUCAAAUGAUGCAGUAGCCACCGGCUACGGUUUCAGUACCCUUAUUGAGCAAAAGGAAGAUCUUGCCAAGACUUUGUCUCAUGAUCCGGUUUUAUCAAGUUCUUUGGCACCAGAGAAUACAACUGUUUGCAGCCGUGCAGGGCGUGGGCUUGCUCAGUUGAACCCAUGGCAGAUUGUUCUUUUGACGUCAUCAACAACGUUUUUGAUAACUUGCACCCUCCAAGCAUUGUUGAACAACCCUUCGCCAACACUUGUGAAUGACGUUGCAACUGCACCAUACUUCACGAACCACGGUGCCACGUACCGAAACGUGGACUUUGUAUUGCCUCCUGGAGCGAUUUCCGAGGGCGCUGGGAAAUUCAUCGUUGAUUUUGAAAAUCGCAUUGCUCAUCCUAUCGUUCCGGAGGUCACUUACUGGGAAUCGGCCAAGUCUCACAUUGGCGGAAAGUCUCGGGCAUUUCUGAGCCAUGUCAAAGAGCUUGACAAAUACAAACUAUUAAAUGUGAAGAAUAAAGUUCAGCAUGCAAAUAUCGCUCUACUGUCUGCCGUUAACAGGUCUUUUUCGUCAUGCUCUAUGAAAUUCAGAUCUGCUGCUGAUCAACUCAGCUACUAUAAACAAGCCAUUGGCCUUGAAACAAAGGACCAAUUUUCAAGGCUUGAGAAGAAACUAGAGAAGGCUUGGCAAGAUCAAGUCUCCGGUCAUUUGUUUCCACUGCGGGACAAAAUUACAUCUUAUGUCACCAAGACUAGAUCGAGCUUAAGUAAAGGAGGGCCUUUGGUUUUACGUUGCAGAUCGACGUUUUUUGAAUUGGCAACUGGCAUCGACCAGUUUCGUGAUCGAACUGGAUCUGUUAUCGUUGAUAAAUGGGAUAAUACAAUGGCGAUGCUUAGGUUCAAGGCCAAUGAUACCCAAAAUUAA